CGAAGGAGAUGAAAUUUCAUCCCUGGCACCUUUUGGGAGGUUCUGCUUUUACCUGGAGGGCAUAAGAAAGAAAGAAGCCAUCAUUAAUCCACAUUAAUCCACCAGCUCCAGCAAAACCCAAGAUGGCUUGGCAACAGCCUGUUUUAAACCCGUGCAUUCCCUUUAAUGGCCCCAUUUUUGGGGGUCUCAGUGAAGGAAAAAUGAUUUUAAUCCAAGGCUGUGUCUUGUACUCUGCAAGAAGAUUCGCUGUGAACCUGGUGUGUGCGAAUGAGGAUAUAGCCUUCCACUUCAACCCACGGUUUGAUGAAGGCAACGUCAUUGUCUGCAACACCCAAACAAAUGGGUGCUGGGGACCCGAGGAACGAACCUCCAAUAUGCCCUUUCGGCCAAGUGUCUCUUUUGAAGUGAUCAUCAACAUCAGGAGCCAUGGUUACCAGGUUUCCAUCAAUGGCAAUCACAUCCUAGAUUACCGACAUCGUCUUUCCAUGCAUCUGGUCCAGACUUUGCAUAUCGGUGGGGACGUCUCCAUAAGCUGCAUCAACUUCUCCGGGGGGCUGAACAGCAAUGGAAUGACGAUGUGCAAUCCGGCCACCCCCUUCUAUGCUGCUCUUUCGGGACGUUUUGCUCCCUUUUGCAGGAUCACAGUUGCAGGGUGCGUGCCUUGCUCUGCUGACAGAUUCCAUGUGAACCUGAAAAACAUCCUGACGGGCAACAUCGCCCUGCAUGUCAACCCCCGACUGAAAGACGGAGUGCUUGUUCGGAACUCGUUCAUCAGCGGUGCUUGGGGAACCGAAGAGAGAAACAUUGCCUUUCUGCCCUUCUCCCCCGGCCAGGCCUUCCACAUGGAGAUCACCUAUCUACCAAAUUGCUACCAGGUGGUGGUGAAUGGGCUGCUGAGAUUUGAAUACGUCCAUCGAAUUCCUCCCUGUCAAGUGGACCAGUUGGAAAUAGCCGGAGACGUGACUCUUUCCUGUGUGCAAUACUGAUGGCCCGCUAUAAAUUGCUGCAUCCUGUUUCUGCUCCUGCCUUUUGUGGAGGGAGAACAAGAGCACAUGGGCUGUAGCCCCCAUGCCCCCAAAAUAAAAUCAGUGCAUCAGUUCCAGCUUCCCCACAAGAAACCUGGAAUUUGUGGUCCUCAAAGAGAGCCGUGGAUCACUUGCAUAAAAAUGACAUUAAGAUUUGCAGGAUAAACUGGGUGUGUUUACAGUGAUGUGGAAAUCAUGAUUAGCCAGUACGUUUGAGCCCAAUUUAAAAUUGGUGGCUAAUAUACAAACAUACAAGCAUUGCAUAAAGAUGGUGAAUGGGAAAUCUUACUAAACAAAGAGUGGAUAAUUUCUACCUUUACUUCCUUAUUUCUUACUUUGUCAUUUGACUGCAUCUUGUUCAAUUAUGCAAAGAGGGGCCUUUAGCUCCUCAGUGAAAAUAAAUUCCAAGGUAAAAACAGAGCAACAACA